AUGAUUGACCGUUCCCGAAUUAUCUGUCACACCCGAGUCUUUCCAGUUCUUCGUCGCCCAGCCUUCUCUCGAGGUGUUCACAUAUGGAAUCCGUCCGUGCAUGCUAGCUUCAGAGCUGCUUUCUCAUCGACUACGCCAGAAAGAAACAAUGCAAAAGUUCGACCUCUAACAUACAACCCGAUCAGCGAUGUCGAGUCACUCGAGAACUACGUGCCCGGUGGUUACCAUCCCAUCAUGAUUGGGGACAUGCUCCGCGACAGAUAUCGGGUAGUGGACAAGCUUGGCUUCGGCGGCUACUCCACGGUCUGGCUCGCAAAAGAUACACAGCUCAAAUGCUACGUCGCCGUCAAAGUCGGCACUGCAAACUCACCGCUUCGGGAAACGGCAAUCUUGCGAGAAAUCUCCAGGCCAGUAUCGGUUCCUCCACCUGCGUCUCAGGGACGUUCCUCUAUCCCCUGCCCGUUGGACGAGUUUGAGUUGAAGGGCCCAAACGGCACACAUCCGUGUUAUACGAUGACUCUGGCUGAAUGCGACCUUCGAACUGUUUCUUAUACUCGGCUGUUCCCGAUCAAUGUGGCACGGGCGCUGUCAGGGGAGGUUGUGCUAGCGGUCGCCUAUUUGCAUGCGAGAGGAUAUGCUCAUGGAGAUAUCCACCCCAAAAACAUACUUACCCGUUCCCAGUCCCGGUUGCACGAACUCUCAAUCGCCCAGCUCUACCAACAAUACGGCGAACCCGAGACGAUCCCAGUCAAACGACGCGACGGGAAGCCCCUUCCACCAAACGUCCCCAGCAUAGUCGUCGCCCCGCUUAACCUUGCCAACGGCAAACGAGCCGAAGAGUUCACCCUUGGUGCCGACACCCGGAUCCUGCUCAGCGAUUUCGGCGAAGCCUACACUCCAAACUCUGCGUCGCCCCGUCUUGGGAGAGACUGCCAUACCCCCCUAGGCUGUCGACCUCCAGAGGCGCGGUUCGAACCGGACUCCCCGCUUUCUUAUCAGUCGGACAUCUGGAGCUUGGGUGUAACGAUUUGGGAAAUCCUGGGCAUGAAAGGUUUAUUUAGCAAUGAGUUUACUACGCUAGAUGAGGUUACCGCGCAACAGGUUGAUGUUUUGGGAGCAAUGAUGAUGCCUGUGGGUUGGUGGGAGCGCUGGGAGGAGAGGGCGCGGUUUUUUGAUGAGGGUAGGCGUCCGCUGGGAGAUAGGGAGGUGUGGCCUACACUAGAGGAGGCGUUUGAGGAGUUUGUGCAGAAGUAUAGGCGGAGGCGGCCGGAUGUUGGGGUGUUUGGGGAGGAUGAGACGGUGGUGAUUCUGGAUUUGAUGAGGAGGAUGUUGGCGUUUCGGCCGGAGGAAAGGCCGUCGGCGGAGGAAGUGCUGAGGUCGGAGUGGAUGACCAAGUGGGUUCUGCCGGAUGUUGAGCGGAGUCGGUGUGCCAGUGAGGCAGCAGAAGGUACUUCGUACUAG